AAAAGAAAGAGUAGAUGGAAGAGAGGUCAACAAUUGAAAGUAGCGGAAUGGGAAAGGGGUUCAUUUAAACGCCGUCGUUGGCAUCGCCGCCCGCAAGACAAAAAAAAAAAAAAAAAUCACCACAACCUUAAGAGAUAGAGGGAGAGAAAGAAAGAGAGAAACAAACACGUUGAAUUGAAUUUUCUCAUCUCAAUCUCUUUUUGGACCCCCAACAAACUCUCUCUCUAUUUCUUCCUCAAACCAAACCCUAACGAAGACCUUCUUCAUUCCUCUCUCGAUUUCAACCCCGUGCUCCUGAUUGAUCCUUCCUACACGGGAUUGAUGUGAUUUCAAUCUGUUUAGUCAAGAAAUAAUUGAUGGAUGAUGUUAAUAGAAAUGGAUAAAAUGUCUGCUCCUUCAUCAAGGGAGCGUGCACAACGCCUCUAUGAAAAGAACCUUGAAUUGGAGAAUAAGCGUCGGAGGUCAGCUCAGGCGCGGGUUCCAUCAGAUCCCAAUGCUUGGCAACAGAUGCGGGAGAAUUAUGAAGCAAUAAUUCUCGAGGAUCAUGCUUUCUCUGAGCAGCACAAUAUUGAAUAUGCACUCUGGCAGUUGCAUUAUAAGCGGAUUGAGGAGUUUAGAGCAUACUUCAGUGCUGCUUCUCUUUCUUCUACAAAUGCAAACUCAUCUCAGGGAGUGAAAGGCCCUGCACGACCGGACAGGAUAACUAAAAUAAGGCUACAAUUUAAGACUUUCCUUUCAGAAGCAACUGGAUUUUACCAUGACCUUAUUACAAAGAUCAGGGCUAAGUAUGGUCUUCCUCUUGGUUACUUUGAGGAUUCAGAGAAUCGGAUUGUCAUGGAGAAAGAUGGAAAGAAAUCUACUGAGAUGAAGAAAGGUUUAGUAGCUUGUCAUCGUUGUCUGAUAUACUUGGGUGAUCUUGCUCGUUAUAAAGGAAUGUAUGGUGAAGGUGAUUCAAAAAAUCGGGAGUACACAGCAGCUUCUAGUUACUACUUGCAAGCUGCAUCUCUUUGGCCUUCUAGUGGGAACCCCCAUCACCAGCUUGCUUUGUUGGCUUCAUAUUCUGGGGAUAUGCUGGUGACCAUAUAUCGGUAUUUUCGUAGUCUGGCUGUAGAUAGUCCCUUCACAACUGCAAGAGAAAACUUGAUAGUUGCAUUUGACAAGAAUCGUCAAAGUUACUCUCAGCUUUCUGGUGAUGCUAAAGCUCAUGCAGUUAAGGAAUCUUCUGGGCGGGUAACAGGUAAAGGAAGAGGAAAAGGGGAAGCAAAACUUGCAACAAGGGGUGCUGGUGUUGAUGCCAGUCCUAAAAUAGGCGCAUCCAGUAUACAGGAAACUUAUAUAUACUUCUGCACUCGCUUUGUCCGUCUAAAUGGGAUCUUGUUUACACGCACUAGCCUUGAGACUUUUGCUGAAGUUCUUGCUGCUGUAGUCACUGACCUUCGUGAGCUUCUGUCUUCUGGGCAAGAUGAAGAGCUCAAUUUUGGGACAGAUGCUCCCGAAAAUGCACUUGGCAUUGUCAGAAUUGUCUGCAUUCUAGUAUUUACAGUUUAUAAUGUGAACAAGGAAUCUGAAGGUCAAACUUAUGCAGAAAUUGUACAGCGUGCUGUUCUGCUUCAGAAUGCAUUUGCUGCUGCUUUUGAAUUGAUGGGUUACAUAAUAGAGAGAUGCACACAGCUGCGUGAUCCUUCUUCUAGUUAUCUUUUACCAGGCAUUUUGGUUUUUGUUGAGUGGUUAGCUUGUUAUCCAGAUCUUGCUGCUGGCAAUGAUGUGGACGAAAAUCAGGCAAAUUUGAGAUCAGAGUUUUGGAAUCGAUGUGUAUCCUUCUUGAAUAAGCUGCUUUCCGUUGGGCCUAUGUCUAUUGAUGAUGAAGAGGAGACUUGCUUUAAUAACAUGAGCAGGUAUGAGGAAGGGGAAACUGAAAACCGACAUGCUUUGUGGGAGGACUUUGAGCUAAGGGGAUUUGUUCCACUUCUUCCUGCACAUACCAUCUUGGAUUUUUCAAGGAAGCAUUCUAUUGGAAGUGAUGGUGACAAGGAAAGAAAAGCUCGAGUCAAAAGGAUUUUAUCUGCAGGGAAGGCUUUAGCUAAUGUUGUUAAGGUUGAUAAAAAAAUGAUAUAUUUUGAUUCAAAGGCAAAGAAAUUUGUAAUUGGUGUUGAGCCUCAAACUGCAGAUGAUUUUGUUCUACCCACCUACUCAGAGAUGCGGAAUGCAACAGAGUUAGUGCAAGAGAAACCUGCUGUCAAAUCAGAGAUGGAAAUUGUUCAGUCAAACCAGCACCAGCAAAUGGAAGGAGAUGAGGAUGAUGAGGUUAUUGUUUUUAAGCCUAUAGUGUCUGAGACACGAGCUGAUGUGGUUGCUUCAUCAUGGGCACCCAAUGUGGGAUUGGAACCUGCUCUAAAAGCAUCUGGAGGGGAUUUAAAGUUUCAUGUUAAUUCUACUCCUAACCCUCUAAUGAAUCUUGGUCAUCAAACUUUAUCUGUUCCUGGUAGUGGUAUGGUGCCUCAACACAUGCAACCAGUUCAGCUGCAGACAUCUAGGUGGUUAGAGGAGGAAAUUUCUCUCGCUAACAAUUUUAAAGGUCUUGGGUUAUUUGAGAAUGGGCAUGCUAUGAAACCUGGUGUACAAGAAGCUAUUGGCUUCUCCAACCAUGUUUCACUUCCUAUUCCUAACCAACAAUCUAUAGGUGCUGCUGAUACCAGUGGCGUGUUUUAUGGUAUCUCAAAAGCCUUGGAUGUAGUACCAUCAAAAGUUGAUGCUAUUGCAUCUUCUGGAGUUCUUACUGAUAACUUAGCUGUGAAAGCGUCAGCUUUGCCAGUUGGUUCUAGAAAAGCCCCAGUCAGUCGACCAACUAGGCACCUUGGACCUCCUCCCGGUUUCAGUCACGUUCCUCCUAAACAAGGCCUUGAAUCCCCUGUUUCAGAUUCGAUUAGUGGGAAUCCAAUGAUGGAUGAUUACAGUUGGUUGGACGGAUAUCAUUUUCGUUCAUCAACCAAAGGAUUAGGAUCCAAUGGUCCUCUCAACUACUCUCAGUCAAAUUCUCUGCUAGUCAAUAAUAAUGGCUUCAGUCCUAAUGUCAGCUUUCCUUUUCCUGGCAAACAAGUUCAUUCUCUGCCUCUUCAUGCAGAGAAACAAAAUGGUUGGCAAGAUUAUCAAAACUAUGAUCUUUUAAAAUCACAUCAUGAUCAGCAGCUGCAGCCACAGCAGCUCACAGCAGGAAAUCAGCAGUUUUCUCCUCUGCCUGAGCAAUUUCAAGGACAGUCAAUCUGGACAGGUCGUUACUUUGUGUGAUGUCAGUAUCAGAGUAUAGAUGGUUCUUGAAGGCAUAUUGCGAAUGUGCUGCAUCCUUUUGCUACUCAAUCAAACUCCAACUUUGCUGCUUCGUCAUUGAAUGUUGUUGGAGUUUCUUUGGCCUUGGCUUGUUGCAGGCACUUGCUACUACAAAAGAUUAUGAUGAGCUCUUCGGUCCCGGACGAAGGAAGAUAAACAUGCAUCUUUACCGUUCAAAGUUCGUUCAGAGUAAAUGCCUUGUCUGGUUGGUUGGGUUGGAUAGGUGGUGAUAAAUAAAAGACUACUCAGUUGUCUUGGAGCUUAUAUCUUCUGGGAUUGGUGGUGUUGCAAUGGUUUGUUCACUUUUAUAGUGGAAACGUCAUAUAAUGUUGCACCUGUAAAAAAUCGUUGUUACCGACAUUUGGUUGCAAGUGGUCCAUAGUGCUAGCCCUUUUUUCUGCCGCAGUGCUUCAGAUUUUAUAUAGUUGGGAAGGUUGGUAGAUAAGAAGUGGGUGUCAAAGUUGGAUAAUGGUAUAUUGACAUUAUGGGGCUCACUUGUUGAGCGCAUGUGUUUAGUUGUCGCGUCUUCGUUAAGGUUCUUAUUAUGUGUUGAGUAUGACGAGUGGUAUAAUGGUUCACUUUCUCUUUUUUCUAAGUCGAAUGUUGAUUCGAACUUCAAAAUAAAUUGGUGGAUUGUUGAAUGCAUAUCCAUCUUGGUCUGUAUGAAUACUAUGGUAUAUCUAUGUAUCCUUAAUCGGAUUUUCCAGUUCUUUUA